UGUGGCGUCACGGACCGUCCUUGGCACGCUGCAUACGAGUGCAUUCCGUGUCCAGGGGCACCGGUCGUGGGAACACGGGCGCACACCAUCCGCCGAUCACCCCGGGCCGGGCCCGCCGAUCGCCCUGACACCGGCCACGGGGUACCGCCGGCACCCAAGUCACUUGAAGGAUCGCGUCGAAUCGAUCGUCGUUGGUGACGAUGCCGACGGCGGCGGCGGCGGCGGCGGCACGGUCCGGUCAGGCGCGUCGGUGACGGCGGCCGCGAUGGGUGUGUGUGCCAGCAGCCCGUCGGCGGGUGCCGUGCUCAGCCCCGGGUCACCGGCCGGGUCGGACAGCAGUGACAGCGCCGCCACGCAGAGGGACUUCGAGAAUGGGAUUGACAACUCGUCCCUGGAGAUCCCGGCGGACGGCGGCUCACCCUCGCACGCCCCCGCCGGCCGCAGGGUGUCGUUCUCGCUACCGGAGCAGGCCGGGACGUCGGGACCGCUGCAGGACUCCCCAUCCGGGGAGGAUUCAGUUAGCCAGCUGGAGGCCAAGGCCGCCUCCUCUGCGCACCUCAGCCCGGCUGACGGUGGUGUAGGUGGAGGCGAGGGUGGUGAAAGUGCACCUGGUGAUGGUAACGGAGAUGGUGGAAACGUGAAUGGCAACGGUGAAGGCAACACGGGAGGCGAAGGUAACAGCCAGCCUAACGGUAACGGUGACAGCAACGGUGACGCCGCUAACAACGCUGAGGGACAAGAAGCAACGGAAUCUCCGCAAUCGAACGAAGGAGCCACUGACGAAGCAGCUCAAGAGAAGCCGACGGAGACCAGCGAGCAAGGGGCCGGAGAAGCGGCAGAGGAGGCUCCGCCGAACGCCGAAACGUCCGGUACUGAGGGGGCGGCGGACGGAGAACAAGCGCAAGAGACAUCUGGCGGCGGAGAUGCCCCACUAGAAGCGGCAGAUCAGCCGACAGACGGCGCUGCAGCGGACACGGGUGGCGACGGUCCUAGCUCGGCCGAUGGCGACCAGGGAUAAAAGGAAACUAUCGCACCUCUCAAAUAUCAUAUCAGAUUAGCCAACACCAAUGUGGGAGCAUCAGAUAAUCGCUCGGGUUCCGCCAAUUGCCGUAUGGUAAUGAAAAGCUUUGGAACUGUUACCGUAUUUGCGGUCGAGCACAUCCGUCCAAUCGUGUGCAAAUAUUGUAUCUUUUGGAUGAACGUUAUCGACUUUCAGAUAUUCUAUUUCACGCAAAAUGUUGCAAAGGAAACUGCGUAGUUCGGUAGGCAUAUGUCUUGGCCGCCGUCCAUGACCAUUGCCUACAGACGAUAAUUUUCGGAUAGAUAUCAAGUGUCCAUGUGAACGCACGUGCAAUCGAAAUCAAUACAUCGAUCGUAAUAUUUACGAAUACAA